ACGCGGUGACGGUCGGGGUCUGCUGGUGUUGCUGCUAGCGCUCUUUGCUGCUGCGAAUCGCGAGCCCGCUGUCGGUACGGGUUUGGGAAAUAAGUUCAAGUGCAGCACACCGUCCUUUCGCAUUGCAUGCAAAAUUUUGCGGAACACCCGUACGCCACGGCGGGGGAAGUCUUUUGCCAUUGUCGCACAGUGUACCAGUGUGUGUGGUGCUACUGACGGAUGGAGCCAGAUUAGCGGAGAAGAUGAAAGCCAUCGAGAAAAACAGUGCCGCCUGGGGUUCUGCGACGACAAUUUGAUCCCAUAACAGGCUACGGACAUUGUCGGAAAUGCGAAACCUCGUCAGCCAUGGUGGUAAGCAUUAGCAGCAGCAUCAGCAGCAGCAGCAGCAGCCGGUAGGAGCAAAGUGACGGCCAGCAGCAGUUAAGUACCUCACGGUGUACACACACGCAAGGUCGUUCUCGGUCAAGUUGUGAAAUUCCCUUCCAUUUCUGGUCAGCAGUUGGCACACGGUGGAGAAAGUGAAAAGUGCGGCAGUAAAGAGAGUGUGUAUCCGCGCGCGCGUGUGUGUAUGUGAGUGUGCGUGUGAUUAUCGGGUGCAGUAGUGCAACAGAGUGUAAGGGCUGAAAGGAAGGGUAGCAGGUGGGAAGAGCAUAUUGGAAAUGUCAAACAAGGCCACACUGCCUGCUUGGAUAAUCAAAACAAUUGUAAGCAAAUUCACCAACAACACCAGCAGCUGCCCGUUACCACAGGCAGCCUUCCUCGCGGUGUGUCAGUUCAGUGAGUAAAAGCCAUACAAAACAAAUAUCGAUCGAGGAGUGUUGUUUCUCGGUGGUGUACAACAGAGAAGUAUGCGAAUGUAGUGUUGCUGUGCGUGUUGUUUUCGAGUAGCAAAACCCCCAUCUCAUCUGCCCCCGUGUGUAGUGUGUGAGUGUGUGUUUGUUUUCGUGCAGGGCCUAUGUGGUCAUGGAUGGUGGAUAUCCGGGUGCGUUGCAGCAGGGCGGCAGGCCAACGGCAGCAGCAGCAGCACCGACGACCGCGACGGCCGCAACUGCCAUGAGCGAUCGCUUCGUGCAAUAUUUGCAGCCCAACCUGCCGCAAAGCGCUCCGACGAGCAUGGUCGUACAGCAGCAUCGCCACUUUCAGCACCAGUGCCGGAUAUGUGGGGUGAGCGAGGGGCUGCGGCGGUGCAGCCGCUGCCAGAUUGCGUACUACUGCUCCGUCGACCAUCAGCGGGUCGACUGGAAGGUGCACAAGCUGGAAUGCCGUUCGAUCCAUCAGCACCAGCAACCGUUCGGGAUAGUGUGCCCCAGUGCUGGCCAGCAGCAACCGACGCCAGGCCAGCCCGGGCAUGUUUUAAUGCCAACCGCAGGCACCGCCACCGUGCCGAUGAGUGAGGGCAGCUUUUGUGUACGUGCAGAAAUGCUAGGUCCGAACGGCAGCACCAAUACCACCACGAUCGGCGGUGGAUUCGUGCCACAAGCGCCGAAUGUAAACAUCGCCUCGCAACCUUCACUACCACAGUCACAGGCUGGCCAGAAUGUGGUGACUGCUGCUGCUGCUGCUGCUGUCGCUGUUAUCGCACCCUCCGCCACUACCCCGCCAGCGCAAACAAUAGCAUCAACCGUCGUUGGCCCUGCGUUCGGCGGAGGGAGGGGACUGUUGUUGCCUGCCGUGGCAACGUCGGCAGCGACGUGCGCGCGUACGCAGCAGUCGACGAUUGCGUCCGAUGGCAGCGACAGUGGCGACGAGUUUCUGAACGAGCUCGCAGUUUCCAAGCUAUUCCCGAUCGAUGCACUCGCCUCCGCGGAGGAGCUCGCCGAUCUCGACCAGCUCGAUGUGGACCACAUACUAAACGAGAACAAUUUUCUCAACAACAUCAACAAUCUGAACGUGUUCGACGGUACCGAGCAGCAGCCAGAACCAUUGAUUGAGCCCGAGUUUGCGGCCACAGACAACGUGAAUCAGAACUUUAGUGGCGGUGGAGACGCGUUCCUGAACAACAAUAACAAUUUUGUGAACAGUUCCGUGUUACUAGUGAGUACUGGCGGUGGUGGGCCGGGCCACGAACAGUUAGGCAACCGAUACGGCGAAGAAACAGCAGCAACGAUGCAGCUAGCACAGUCGGGUAGUGUGAUGUUGCUACAGCAACCGCAGCAUCCGCCACAGCAGAAACAGAACCAUCUUGAGCAGCAACGGACAGCGAAGGCACAGCAGCAGCAGCAGCAUCAGCAGCAACAACAGCAGUUGGCCGCCUUGUUCCGACAUGCCAGUGGUGCGGUGGACGGUAGCCCGGUUCUAGCGAAAGUGGAUGUGACGAACAGUGAUUCAGCUAGUGCGCUGCAGUUGGGCGGCAAGCAGGACAAUCGAAAAGGACGGACCGUGCAGGCGAACGGGGCACCGGGAGCAAAUGUAACGCUGGGCAUACCGACGGGUGUGAGCGGGCCAGCGAGUGCGGGCGUACUAGAGCCUUGUCCGUUUGAUUUGGACAGUGACAGUUUGGACGAAGCGUGCCGGAGCUUGAUCCGGGAUAUGAACGAGUACGGUGUCUGUGUGCUGGACAAUUUCCUUGGCCAGGAGCGGGGCCAGCAAGUGCUGGACGAGGUGACCGGAAUGUAUUCGUCUGGAGUGUUUCGGGACGGCCAGCUAGUGUCGAACCGAGGCGCUAACAAUUUACGCCAUAUACGAGGAGACAAAAUCACGUGGAUAGGCGGCAAGGAACCGGGAUGCAGCAGUAUCGGCUACCUUAUCAAUUGUGUGGAUGCAGUAAUUACCAACUGCAAACGGAUGGAAAACAACGGCAAACUCGGCCGGUACAACAUCAAAGAGCGAACAAAGGCCAUGGUAGCGUGUUAUCCUGGUUCCGGUUCGCACUACGUGAAGCACGUCGACAAUCCCAACCGUGACGGGCGCUGUAUUACCGCCAUCUACUAUCUCAAUCUCGACUGGGACGUGCGGAAAAGUGGCGGUCUGUUAAGGAUUUUCCCCGAGGGAUGCAACGAUCGGGUGGCUGACAUCGAGCCCAUCUUUGAUCGCAUUCUAUUCUUCUGGUCCGACCGGCGGAACCCGCACGAGGUGCAGCCGGCCCACCGCACCCGGUACGCCAUCACGCUCUGGUAUCUCGAUGCGGAGGAGCGCGAGUCGGCCCGGUUGCGCUACCAGCGGGACUGCGAGAAUCGCUUUAACAGCAAGGCCUAGUCGGAGUCGGGUCUCGGGUCGAAAGUCUCACCAGAGGAGCGAGAGCACACGCGCAAACGUUGGUGGAAGAGUGGGAAAGACAGACAUACAGACAGGGACAGGAGGAUCGGUGGUUCGUGGUUUACUGGAUCCGUUCCCGGUGAUGCGCGGGUGCUCUCGCGAUCGUACCAAAUCGAAUAAUUUAUUAGCAAAAAAAACAAAAGCAAAACCUUGUUAUCCAAAUGUGAUAUAACUAUACGUGUGGGUGUGCAUGUGUGUGUGUGUGUGUGUGCAUGAGGUUUAGUGGACAGGAUUUACGUACAGUGUUUUACGUACUUGCUAAUGUGUGUGCGUUAAAAUACAAUGAGAGCAGUAUGCAUUAGAAUGGUAGAGAAAGUAAGUAAGAUAAAGCAACGACCGCGCAGCCUAGGCCAAGGAGGGUGAAUAUGUUUUGCAAUCGUAUUUGCAGUGUAAAUAGCAGCAUAUGGGCAAAUGUACAGGAGCACUAAACACAAAGAAUCGGUGCAGCGGGACGACAGUGAUGAUCGGAUAUUGUUUUACGGCAAUGUUGAUCGGUUUCAUUAGCUAGCAAAAUUGUUUAAAUGUGUUUUUCCCUGCGUGUACUUUUUACGUGCUUGGCGCAGGGCAACGAAAAGAAGAACGAAAACAAACAGUGGAAAUUGGCGGAAUUUGUCUGCUAUACUGUAGAAAAGGAUUGUUUGUAUUGUACUUGUACUAAUCCAUAAGGAAUGGGGUGAAAGGAGCAUCAUACAUCUUGUACGAAUGAACGGGAUAGUGGGAAACAAAAACAAAUACACUCAAACACACACACUCCCACAUACCCACAUACACAUAAGUCCCUGACCGAAGAAUAAGAAGAACGUUUGUGAAGUAAUUUGUAUCUGCUACACAAUAUUAGAUAGCUUGCAAAACUAUA